AUGAUUAUUAUCUCAAGAAAUGGAAUAAGAAGACCAAGGAGAUGUUUUUAUUCAACAGCUAGCAGUAGUACAAGUAGGUAAUUGAUUAUUUGCAAAAUAGUAGUCAAAAUUCAAUGAAAUUUCAGUUUCAACAUUGAUGAAGUAACAAGAAAUUAUGAAGAAAGAACCAAUUUUGCAUCAGAAAAUUAUCGGAAACGCGGAACGUUUUAUCGAAUGAUACUUCCACCGCCAAAUGUAACGGGAAAACUACAUCUUGGACAUGCAUUGACAGUUUCAAUUGAAGAUUCAAUAUGUCGACAUGAAAGAAUAAAAGGGAAAUAUUGCUGAAUGGAUUCCUGGAUUUGAUCAUGCUGGAAUUGCAACACAAGCUGUUGUUGAAAAAAUGUUGGAAAAAUCAGGAAAAUCAAGGAAAUCGAUGAGCAGAGCUGAAUUUCUGAGAGAAUGUGAAGUUUGGAGUGAUAAAUGUUCUUCAGAGAUUCAACGACAACUUUCAAGAAUGGGUGCAAGUUUGAAUUGGAAUAACAAAUAUUAUACAUUAGAUACAGAAUUUAGUAAAUUCGUUGAGAAAACAUUUUGUCGUCUUUAUAAAGAAGAAUUGAUUUAUCGAGGCGAAAGAAUUGUGCAUUGGUGUCCAAAAUUGGGUUCAACUUUAAGUUCACAAGAAGUUGACAAAAUCGAUAUUCCUGAAAAUGGGAUCAUUCAAAUUGGAAAUCGAAAAAUCAGCGCAGGAAAAAUGCACAAUGUAAAGUACUACAUAGAUGGAAGUGAAGAAUAUAUUAUAGUUGGAACAACUCGCCCUGAAACAAUAUUUGCUGAUAUUGCAAUUGCUGUACAUCCAAAUGAUCCAAGAUAUAAUAAUAUUAUUGGAAAAUCUGUCAUAAAUCGUCUGAUUCCAAAUCGAAAAUUAUUAAUAAUCGCGGAUGAAGCUGUAUUAAUGAAUAAAGGAACUGGAGCAGUUAAGAUAACACCAUAUCACGAUCCAUUAGAUUUCGAAAUUUAUCAAAGACACGAAUCGAAUUUUGAAAAUUCUUCAAUCAUUGAAUGCAUCGACAAAGAUGGAAAAAUGAAAAACACUGGAAUAUUUGAUGGAUUGGAUAGAUUUGAAGGAAGAGAAAAAACAAUUGAACAAUUGAAACUAUUAGAAUCGUAUUCUGGAAUUGAUGAAACAUUUAAAAGUAGUCAUGUGAAUAUUUGUUCGAGAACUGGUGAUAUUAUUGAACCACGAUUGAUGGAACAAUGGUUUAUGGAUGUUAAAGAUAUGUAUCAAAGAAGUAAAGAAGCUAUUGAAACUGGGAAGGUGAGUUAUUUUUCUAUUAUGAGAUUGGAGAGAAUGAAAAUGCAUUUAGAUUAAAAUCUUUCCGGAAUAUCAAUCUCAUCGAUUAAUUGAUUGGUUUGAAAAUCAAGAACCAUGGUGUUUAAGUCGUCAAUUAUUAUGGGGACAUCGAAUUCCGGCAUAUUAUAAAAACUUGGAAGGAAAAUGGAUUGUAGCUGAAAAUAUCGAAAAUGAGAAAGAUUUGGUUCAAGAUGAAGAUGUUUUGGAUACAUGGUUCAGUUCAUCACUUGUUCCAUUAAUAAAGAAUAAUUCACCGCAACAAAAUCCAUCUUUACAAUUAAUGGAAACAGGAUGGGAUAUUAGUGGGUUUUGGGUUUCUCGAAUGAUUGGAAUGAGUUUGAAAUUAACGAACGAUGUUCCAUUUAGUCAAGUUGUUUUACAUGGAUUGGUUCGAGAUUCUGAAGGUAGAAAAAUGAGUAAAAGUUUGGGAAAUGUUAUUGAUCCACUGGAUAUUUUGGAUGGUAUAAAAUUAGAAGAUAUGAUCAAAAGAUUGAAGGAAAGUGCUCUUGGAAAAAAAGAAAUCGGUGAGAAUUUAUUUUUAUUUUUUUGAAAAUAAAAAAUCCAAGAAUGUUUGUUUUGUUGUAGAACUUGCUAUCGCUGACACUGAAAAACGUUUUCCCGAAGGAAUUCGAAAAUGUGGCCCGGAUGCUCUUCGUUUUGCACUUUUAAAAUAUGACAUUCUUUCAAGUGACAUUCCAUUAGAUAUUUCAAAUGUUGCAUUAGAAGGUCUCAAAUUCUGCAAUAAAUUAUGGAAUCUUGCCGCUUAUUAUGAGCAAUUAUCAUCAAAAUGUGAAGUGAUAAAAGAUGUUGAUUCGGAUAAAUUGAUUGAUGAAUGGAUUAUGUCGAGAUUGUCAUCAACUAUCACUCAAGUUGAUGAAAAUAUGAAAAACUAUUCAUUGCAUUUGGCUCUUUCAACUUUGCAUCAAUUUAUUAAUUCAGAUAUUUGUGAUAUUUAUUUGGUAAGUCAUUUUAUUUCAACAUAAAUAAAUACAUAAUAAUUUCCAAAUAGGAAACCACAAAACGCGCCCUAUGGUCAAAUGAUUUGAAUCGAAUUGCGGAGGCUCGUUCUUCACUUCAAAGAGUUCUCCAACCGACUCUUGUUCAAUUAUCAGCUUUUAUGCCAUUUGUCACCGAAUAUUUAUAUGAACGAAUUUUUGCCAGAGAAAAAGGUUCUAUUAAUUUUGAUGUUGUAAAGGUUAGAGUUUUUAUUAUUCUCUCAAACUAACGAGAUUUCAAUUUCAGCCUUCAUUAUUCAUUUUCCAUCGUAAUCCUGAACUCGAAAAAGUGAUGCAUCUUGUAACAGCUCUCUCUGCAGCAACUCGAUCUCUUCGUCAAAAAUUGGAAUUAUCUCCGAAAUUGGUGUUCAGAGGAGUUUUGGAACUUACGGGAAAUCAAGAUUUUUCGGUUUCUGAUAUCAAAAUGUUGGCGAAAGAUGUGACACCAGUUUCAGGUUUAGAAGUGACUGAAAUUGUUGGAAGUUUUGAGAAAGAUCGAGAAUAUAUUGCAUGUCCUGUUCCUGGACAUAAUUGUGUACUUUGGUUGAAAAUUGAAGAAUCAUCGAGAAACGCAUUUUUGGAAAGUUUGGAUAAACAACUUGAAAAAACAAAACAAAGAAAGAAUCAAUUUUUGGCAAAAAUGGAAUCUUAUCAAGCAAUUAUCGAUAAUCCAAAUGUAUGUUUAAAAUAUUUCUCUGUGAAAUUUUAAUAAUAAAUUUUCAGACAAAACCAUCAAAUGUUCAAAAAUCACGAAGAAAAUUGGAAGAAUUCUCGAAAAGUUGUGGAAAAUGUUCAAGAAGAAAUAGAUAG